AUGGGAUACUCCCCACCUGCCUUACACUACGGACAAUUAGCUGUCGCUGCGCCCCGCAGCGUCACCCAGACGUUUCGAGUCAAACCAAAUCCUCAUGCCACGUCAGCAGCAGCGACAACUCAAUCCAUGAAACAACAGAUCACACUACUUGAGUCCUGGCUUCAACUGUGGUCCCAUCACAAACUUCACCACCACUGUCUUUUGAACUCACCCCUUCGAUCGACCCCUGAAUCAUCAUCAUCAUCAGCAACAGCAGCAAGACAAGCACCCCCAUCCACUUCACCCCUUGGAUCCACCAAAAAGCAGCCAAUCGAGGAUUAUAAUCAGUUCGCCUUACUGGUCUCAUCCACUUAUGAUCCUAAUCAGACUGUCCAACUGCCCGAGACCCCAGAGGAAAAAACAGGGAGCUACAAAGAGCAGAGAGCAGCCAAGAUAGACCACCAGUCCUCCUCGAUCUCCCCCUCUACAUCGGCCCUCUCCAGCGGCGGAGACUCAUCGGGCUCCUCGAGUCCUGGCUUAGCCCGAUCCUCCUCCUUUUACCGCAGGCUUCUGUACUCCUUCGACAAGACCCUCACUCAGCUCGUCCUGAGCCACCACCACCAGAGCUUCCCCAGCCUCCUCGUCAGCCCAUCCGAGGCCCCCGCCUUGAUCCAUCCCAGACCGCGUCCCCCCUCCCCCUCCUCCUCCCCCUCCGCCCCCGCACAGAGACGUCAGGCUCCCCGUCCUCUUGAACCAGACAAACACAAUCCCCUCUUCCCUCCCGAUCUUGACGGCCCCAUUUGUCCAACCCUCAAGAGAAAAUCUAUCCUCAAACCCACUACAACCCUCGAUCAUCAUGGAUUCGUGUUCAACAUCCAGCUCAAUCAUCUGCCCUCUAUCCUUCAUCCUCAUCUGCCUUCAGAUCAUAUCCGACUCAUUGAGGACCAUGUGCUCUCCAACUUUGUCUACUCCGUCAAAACUAGAGGGUAA